CGAUCAUUCUUAACGCGCGGUAGAUGCCUCCCCACGAGCAGCGAUCGCUAUCGCUGACAUGCGUCGAUCGCGCGCUGCUCCUUCCGCAACGUACACCCAAGCGACGACGAGAGGAGCGACGACGCUUGCCGCUCGUGUACCUCCUGCUCCUUCUCCUUAGUGGCAUGACGGCGUGCAUGGUCGUCUCGAUCGUGCAGCGCAUGUCGCUCGAGGCCACGUUGCUUCGCGUCGUCCAGGACCUCCGCCACGCCACCUUACUGCACGGCGAGAACGGUCUCGUCCACGCGGCCAUCCAGCGGCCUCGCGUGUCGUCGGCAAUGCUUGACAGCGAGUGCAAGGUGCUCGGGACGCUCUACUUGCACUUGGUGGACCGCCAGAGCCAUCUUCUCAUGGAGAUUCUUCGCGGCGCGCACGUGGUCGUCGCCGACGAUCGCGGGUAUUAUUACGAUUUGCUUCAAAACGUCUCGGCCCAAGCGUACAAGCGCAUCUCUUCGCAUUAUUCGUCGGCGCCGCAGUACGCCGUGCCGCAAGGCCCGCUGCUCGACACGAUCUUGGUCGGCACGACCGCUCGCAACGACUCGUGGUUCCAGUUUGAAGGGGCGGCGUGGGACCCGUUCGCAAGGCCCAUCGACAGCGUCCUCCAUGUGCUCCACUUCCUCGAGUACUCGCUGCGCGGUGUGCAGAUCGGACCAUUGGGCACGUCUGCCUUCACCGACAAGACGCCACUGCGCAUUGCCUGA